AUGGAGACAGCCACAGGUCCAGAGGGGACCCCAGGAUCCGCACUGAAGGUGAAAGAAGCCAGCCCAGCUGAUGCCGAACCAUCCCAGGCUUCACCUCGACUUGGAUCGGGCAGUGCCAUUCCCCAGCUCCCAUCCCCUGUCGAAGAGCACCCCAAGAUCUGGCUCCCCCGGGCCCUGAGGCAGACCUACAUCAGGAAGGUUGGAGACACAGUGAACCUACUGAUUCCAUUCCAGGGCAAACCCAAACCGCGAGCCACCUGGACACAUAACGGCUAUGCCUUGGAUGCCAGUCGCGUGAGCGUGCGGACCGGCGAGCGGGACUCCAUCCUCUUCAUCCGAGAGGCGCAGCGGGCCGACUCUGGACGCUAUCAGCUCAGUGUGCAGCUGGGCGAGCUGCAGGCCACGGCCACCAUUGACAUCCUGGUCAUCGAGAGGCCAGGCCCUCCUCAGAGUAUCAGGUUGGUGGACGUUUGGGGCUCCAACGCUACCUUGGAGUGGACACCUCCCGGAGACACUGGCAAUGCAGCGCUUCUGGGGUACACGGUGCAGAAGGCUGAUACGAAAUCUGGGCUGUGGUUCACGGUGCUGGAGGGCUGCCACCGCACUAGCUGCAUUGUGUCCAACCUCAUCGUCGGCAAUUCCUACGUCUUUCGUGUCUUUGCGGAGAACCAGUGUGGGCUCAGCGACACGGCCCCCGUCACAGCUGACCUGGCCCACAUCCAGAAAGCAGUGACUGUGUGCAAGACCGAAGGGUUUGCCCUGCGAGAUUUCUCUGAAGCGCCAUGGUUCACGCACCCUCUGGCCGACUGCACGGCCGUCUCUGGCUACGACACCCGGCUCUUCUGCUGUGUCCGCGCCUCUCCCAAGCCGAAGAUCAUCUGGCUGAAGAACAAGGUAGAUAUUCAAGGCAACCCCAAGUACAGAGCCCUCAUGGAGCUGGGAAUCUGCUCCCUAGAAAUCCGCAAGCCUAGCCCCCUGGACGGGGGUAUCUACACCUGCAAGGCAGUUAACCCCCUGGGAGAGGCGUCUGUGGACUGUCGGGUGGAUGUGAAAGGAAGCCUCAUGGUGGCGAAUGGUGUUCUCACAGGACUCCAGUGCAGCAUCUGGUUUGGACUAAUCUAA